UUCUUUCUUUCAAUAUGUCAUAAAAUCCAUUUUGUUAAGCGAGUAAUUUGAUAGGUGAAAGAUAAUGGGAGUCGUAAGACCGAGUCUAGUGAAAACAUUUGUUGGUCAACUCCUUUGAUUCAUGCCAUCCACCUAAAUCCUACACAUUUUCAGCAUCAUUCCCAUUUUAUAAACAACCACCAUUUACACCUCCCACACGCCAUGGCAAUGUUGAGCUUCCUCGGAGUUUCCGCCCGAACAUUUCUUCGGGCUGCUUCAAGCAAGUCGGUUCGGGCCUACGGUUCAGCUGUUGCAGCUCACUUUGAUUACGACAAUGAGGAGGAUAUGGAGGAACCAUCAGGAUCAGUUCCACGCAGAGGAGUACAGUGGCUGAUCAUGGGUCAUCCAAUGACGCAGAGACACGUGUACGCCCAAUGGCUGUCCAAACUUAUGGACGUUCCAUAUAUUUCCAUGGGCUCUCUCGUACCUCAACAACUCAACCCUCACUAUAACAAGAUAUCAAGUGUUGUGAAUGAGGGAAAGCAUGUUCCAGAAGAAGUUAUUUUUGGUUUGUUAUCAAAGAGGCUAGAAGAAGGUCAUUGCAGAGGUGAAAACGGGUUCAUUUUAGAUGGAAUUCCUCGUACAAUGCUUCAGGCUGAAAUCCUUGACAAAGUUGUGGACAUAGAUUUAGUUCUGAAUCUCAAGUGUUCCGUGUCAAAGAAUGAUAGAAGCAAUGGAAUUUAUUCAACUGAAGAUCAACUCCUUAAGAGAGGUAAUUUAAUGUCUUCAAGGGUCAUGGAUGGUGGUGCCUGGAAAGAGAAGCAAUAUGAUCAUGAUGAACAGAUCAAACCCUUAGAAGAAUAUUAUAGGAAGCAGAAAAAGCUCCUCAAUUAUCAAGUAGCAGGAGGGCCUGCUGAAACUUGGCAAGGCCUUUUGGCUGCAUUGCAACUUCAGCACAUGAUGAGUGCAGUUGGUUCAACACAGUUGACUGCAGGAUGCUGAUACGAUUCUCCUGUGUUACUUAAUUCUUUUUGCAAGUAUAUUAUGUGCAGUGAUAUGAGUGUAUCAAUAUCAGUUUUGACCGGCAAUGUAUAGCUAGUUUUUGUUUCAUUCUUGUUUACGAGUGUAACCAUGUUAUCUCUAGCAGAACACAGUUUGUAAAAUGUUCCAUCUAUAUAACUAUUGAGUGUGGUUUCGUGUGUUAA